GACUCGGGAAGACUUUAAACGUUUGGUCCGGUAAGAGGCACGCGCUCAGGUGUUUCUGUGUGACUCCAACAUGGUUAAUGUGAAGAAGAAGAAGAAGAAGAGCAGCUGCUGAACGGGUCCUGCUGGCACGUUCUGGUUUCUGAGAGAAGUGGACUUGUGUCUCUGAGGAGGAGCAGCCGUCCUGCUGUGCUUUGUGUCACGACGUCCUGAAGGAUCCAGUCUCUACGGUGCAUCACUUCAUACUGGGACCAGUCUGCUUCAUCAGGAAACUUCCCCAAAAAUAUCCCCAGUGUGGCGAAAAAUCCGGAACAAUGUACGCUGCUAAACAUAAACAUAAGGUCCUUGUGAAGGAGAUAUAUGAAUGUGUAACUGAGGGAGCCGAUGAAACAAGAAGUAGAACCCUCCUCAACAGGAUCUUCACUGCACUCUACAUCACAGAUGAACUGAUUGAAGAAGUUAAUACCCAACAUGAGGUGAGGCAGCUUGAGACAGCUUCCAAGAUGAAGACCCUCCAUGACUCUCCAAUCAACUGCAGUCACAUCUUUAAAGCCUUACCUGACCAACAGAAACACAUCAGAGUUGUUAUGAUGAUCGGCGUCGCUGGCGUUGGAAAAACCUUCUCAGUGCAGAAGUUCUGUCUGGACUGGGCCGAGGGUUUGGAAAACCAAGAUGUGGAUCUGGUGAUUCCUCUUUCCUUCAGGGAGCUGAACUUGAUCAGAGAUGAGCAGUACAGUCUUCUGGAGCUGCUCCGUGUUUUCCAUCCAACAUUACAGGAGGUCACAGCAGAGCAGCUCGCUGGCUCUAAAGUUCUCUUCAUCUUUGACGGCCUGGAUGAAAGCAGACUUUACCUGGAUUUCAACAACAAUGAGGCUGUUUCUGAUGUCACACAGAAGUCAUCAGUCAACGUGCUGUUGACAAACCUCAUCCAGGGGAAGCUGCUUCCCUCGGCUCUCGUCUGGAUAACUUCCCGACCUGCAGCAGCCAAUCAGAUCCCUCCUGCGUGUGUUGACAGGGUAACAGAAGUACGAGGCUUCACUGACGACCAGAAGGAGGAGUACUUCAGGAAGAGAGUCAGUGAUGAAGAGCUGUCCAGCAGAAUCAUCUCCCACAUCAAGACAUCCAGGAGCCUCCACAUCAUGUGUCUGAUCCCAGUCUUCUGCUGGAUCACUGCUACAGUUCUGGACCACAUGUUCACUACAGACCAGAGAGGAGAGCUGCCCAAGACCCUGACUGACAUGUACUCACACUUCCUGCUGGUUCAGACAAAGAGGAAGAAGCUCAAGUAUGCUGAGGGACAUGAGACAAGUCCACAGGAGCUGACGGAGGCUGACAGGGAAGUUCUUCUGAAGCUGGGGAGGCUGGCGUUUGAACAGCUGCAGAAAGGAAACAUCAUGUUCUACCAAGAAGACCUGGAGCGCUGUGGUCUGGAUGUCACAGAGGCCUCGCUGUACUCAGGAGUUUGUUCAGAGAUCUUCAAAACAGAGAGUGUGAUCUUCCAGAAAACAGUCUACUGCUUCGUUCAUCUGAGCAUUCAGGAGUUUCUGGCUGCAGUCUACAUGUUCCACUGUUACACCAACAUGAACACACAGGUACUGGAGGACUUCCUAGGAGAAGACUGGAAAUACAAGAGCAUUGAUUUAUCUCUGGAUGAAGAUGAUGAUGACAGGGACAUAGAACAUUCCCAGUCUGUGGAUGAAGAUGAUGAUGACAUGGACAUAGAACAUUCCCAGUCUGUGGAUGAAGAUGAUGAUGACAGGGACAAUGACCAUUCCCCCCCCAUGGAUAAAGAUGAUGGUGUUGAUGAUGACAGGGACAAUGACCAUUCCACCCCUGUGGAUAAAGAUGAUAGUGUUGAUGAUGACAGGGAAAAUGACAAUUACCCAUCCCUGGAUGUCUUCCUGAAGAGAGCCUUGGAGAAAUCCCUGAGGAGUAAAAAUGGCCACCUGGACCUGUUUGUCCGCUUCAUUCAUGGCCUCUCUCUGGAGUCCAACCAGAGACUCUUAGGAGGCCUGCUGGGUCAGACAGACAACAGUCCAGAAAUCAUCCAGAGAACCAUCAACAACCUGAAGGAGAUGAACAGUAAAAAGAUCUCUCCUGACAGAAGCAUCAACAUCUUCCACUGUGUGACAGAGAUGAACGACCACUCAGUCCAUCAGGAGAUCCAAGAGUUCCUGAAGUCAAAGAACAGAUCAGAGAAGGAACUCUCUGUGAUCCACUGCUCAGCUCUGGCCUACAUGCUGCAGAUGUCAGAGGAGGUUCUGGAUGUGUUGAACCUGAAGAAGUACAACACAUCACUGGAGGGAAAACUGAGACUGAUUCCAGCUGUGAUGAACUGCAGAAAGGCUCUACUACCUGGCUGUCAGCUAUCAGGGACUCACUGUGAAGUUGUGGCCUCAGCUCUGAUGUCCAACCCCUCCCAUCUGAGAGAGCUGGACCUAAGUCUCAACAAGCUGCAGGAUUCAGCAGUUAAGCUUCUAUCUGCUGGACUGCAGAGUCAUCACUGUAGAUUGGAGACUCUGAGAUUGUGGGGCUGUGGUUUGUCAGAGACCAGCUGUGCUUCUCUGGCCUCAGCUCUGAUGUCUAACCCCUCCCAUCUGAGGGAGCUGGACCUGAGUGACAAUGAGCUGCAGGAUUCAGGAUUGAAGCUGCUGUGUGAUUUUCUGAAGAGUCCACACUGUGGACUGAAGACUCUAAGAGAAUAUAAGGCUGCACCUGACAUACAUGAAGGAUAUCCGUCCACGUCAAAGACAAACCUUGAUGUGUCUGAGGACAGAAGAGAGGAUCAGCUGUGUCCUGAUGAGCCAGAGAAGUUGAAGCAGCAGCAGCUUGUAGCUGGAGAAGCUCCCAAUAGAAAUUGUCAGGAAAUGUUACAUUUCACACCUAAACUGCUGAUUGAGUCUGGAAAGACUUCAUACAGGUUCAGGUGUCCUGGUCCAGGUGGGUUCCAGUGUGCUUUGACUGAACUGGUGUUUGUUACGACUCAGGAGGCAGAGCUGCUGUACAACACUGUCCAAUGGGACGAGAGCUUCCUCCAAUCAGCUGGCAGGAUGGCUGCAGGACCGCUGUAUGACAUCAAGUGUUCAGAGGAGGCUGCUGUCUGUCAGCUCCACUUUCCACACUGUGAAAUUAUAGAUGCUCCUCUACCUGAUGGCCUGUUGUCUGUCGUCCACAUCACUGAUGAUGGGAUGAGCAUCCUGGAGCCGCUGGAGAUUACUGACACUCACGUGGUUGUAAAUGUCCCUCACCUCUCUAUGCUCGGACUGAUCUGGGAUGUAGUUAAAAGGUUGUGGACGAAACCUGUCAGCGGCCAAGUUCUGCUGUUCCUCAGACCACCAAACCCAGCAACACAGAGGCAAAAUCUCAACAUGCUUCUCCUGCCAAGAAACAUUCCUCUGAACGAGGUGAGUGAACAAUAUCAAGAAUAUAGGAACAUCCAGGUUCCUGCCACAUGUAGACUCAUCAAAGCUCAAAGUUACACUGUCCAAUGUCCUCAGGCCGUUAAAAUACAGCCCAAGAAAGCAGAUUUCGACCUGGAGUUUGGACCAAACUACCACCCAACGUUUGAGAUCCGCCUGCCUAUAAACACACCAGAAGUGACUUUAAGAGUCCAAGACGAAGGACAGAGCAUCUGGGAGCAUGACGUGGAACUGAUUGCUCCAAAAACCAAAAUCACAGCAUCAGCAGAGGACAGAGAAAGGGAAUUGAACAGAAGGCAGGCAGCCUGGAUAAAGCUAGGAAAGACAGCAGAGGUGUUUAACACUCUGGAGGAUCUCAGAGAAGAGGAGUUUAAGAAAUUCAAGUGGUUCCUGACGAACAGUGAACAUGUGAAAAACACACCCAUCCCAGUGAGCAGGCUGGAGAAUGCAGACAGGAUAAAAACCUAUGACCUGAUGAUGCAGUACUUCACAGCGACUGGAGCUGUGGAGGUGUCCAAACAGAUCUUAAAGGAUAUACCCAGGAAUGAUCUGGUGGAGAGAUUGACAGCCAUCCCAGGAACAACAGCUCCAAAACCCAAAACCACAAUACCAGCAUCUGUCAUGGAGGCUAUAUGCACAGUUACUUCCUGGUUACGGACAAGCCAGCCCAAUCACUUCCGGUCGUCUGUCGUCAGGUGAGCUUUCUGUCAGAGCCGGCAAAACCAAAACAAUGACUUUCUACACUCGUUGCCUUCAAGACUUACCCCGUGUCACUAUCAACGAUGUACACCGUCUUAUUAAGGCCUACUCAACUACGGCAUCAAGCAAAAAAGAAAAAGGAUUUAAGCUGUACAUAACCAGCUAUAUUCAUGACUAUGAAGAUUGUUCUCAAAGACUCUAAGCUUGUUGAACUGCUGGCAUGCCAGUGCUCAUGUGUGGCAGGGCUUGCGCUAUGCAAUCACAUUGCAGCAUUGCUGUACCAAACCUCACAUUACAGCCAACAGGGAGCAAUAGCUGUCCCCCCUACUCACAGCUGUACAGGGUCUGAGCAACAAUGGCACAAACCCAGGACCCAGGGUUUCAAGCCUGGUCCAACAAAUGAGAUGGUAGUGUUGUCAGCUCAGCCCAAGGAGAGAAGAGUGGCUGAAGGAAUCAGGAGUAACUUAUACAAAGGAGCCUGUAACCUGACCUGUGACCUUCCAGACAUGUCAGUCCUUCAGUUGAAUGACAUCUACCAAGGCAUGCCAGGGGAAACUGCUCCACUAAUAACAACCAUGGGAAUAGCAGGGGGUGUACCAUUAGUAGACAGUGCCUUUGGAAAAGUCCAAGAAGGUAGUGUUCUCUCCUACCAUCUUCCAGCAUGGACUCCACCAGUGACACAUCUACAUGCGACUGCACCACCACGACCAUCCUUACCUCUUGAUGGUUACUCUUUGGGGCCCUCGGAGUGUUGUUUUGUGGUUAACUACCAUCAGCAGCUGCACAUGAAAUCUCUUGAAACAUCAGAGAUCAUGGCGCACCAACUUGAGGAAAGCACAAGACAACAGAGCACACUGAAGGAAUGGCACCUUCUAAGAAAGCCACGAGUGACUUCCUCUAGAUUCAGAGAGGUUUGCCAUGUGAGAGGACAGUCCUCAGCGGAGAACCUGGCACUCAGGAUUUUACGGCCAGGUUAUCAGACCGCAGAAAUGAAGAGGGGUCUUCAGAUGGAGCCCAAGGCUGUAGAAGAGUACUGCCUUGUUAAGGAUGUAAACCACUAUCCUUGCGGUUUCAUCAUCCACCCAGAUGCACCAUGGAUCGGGUCAUCACCAGAUGGGUUGGUAUACGACCCGAAUGCCGAGCCUGCGUUUGGACUGCUGGAGGUGAAGUGUCCUAAUGUGAGAAGCUAUGUAGACUGUACGUACCUUAGAGUCUCCGAUGGAGUGCUACAGCUAAAACCAUCUCACACGUACUACUGGCAGGUACAGGGACAACUGCUCAUUACUGGUCUGGAAUGGUGUGAUUUUGUUGUCUAUGCAGAAGAUGACAUGUUCAUUCAAAGAAUAUACAGGGAUGGCAGAAUCAUGAAAACAAUGAAAGAAAAGGUUGAUUUCUUCUAUUUUUACUUUUAUCUACCUAUGCUUUUGGCUUGAAAAAAAAUCAUGCCAUUGACAGUACUUGUUUCAAUCAGUUUUAAUCAGUUAGUAUUUAUUUUAGGUUUUAGUGUUAAUUUGAUCAUCCAUUUCAAAAACUCAUUUAUCCCAGUGUCUAUUAAACUCCUAAAUAGCCAUAAGUAAAAUGAAGAUCAGGCCUGCAUAGAUAGAGAUACUUUAUUAAUCCCGAAGGAAAUUAAGGUGUCUAAUAUCUUAUACAAAUACACAUACAUACACAUAGGCUCACAGACAUAUGACAUCUACGUACACAUACAUAUAACAGAAAUACAAAGGAAGAUAUCUAUAGUGUGCCCUCUCAGUAAAAUUAGAUUGUAGCAUGUUUAAAUGAGCGGUGUGCAAAAAAAGCAGAAAGGUGCAAUGGUAACGUAGUGCAAGAGAGUGCCAGUGCCAACAGUAUCACUCCAGUCCAGGGUACUCCAUGACGAUGGAGAUUUGUAAUUGUUGUACUUGUGAACUCUUUUUUUAUUUAUUUAUUUUAAGUAAUGUUUAACUGAUGCAUUGCAUGACACAAUGUUUGGUUUUAUACACCAUCAGGACCAUUGUACACUCUGUUGUAUGGUGUUGUACAGUAUCUGAUGUUUGUACAUGCUGUCUGAAAUGAUGGACAUAUUUUUUUCCACUGACUGAAAUGUAUUUAAAUUGUUGACUGUAGAACAUGUCACCUUCAAUUACAUAUUUUCUUAUGUUCAUUUGUUCUGAGAUUAUUUAUUUGUAUCUAAACACAGUAUUGUGUAAGUGCUGCUUGUAAUGACCACAGUAAAAUACACAUUUUGUGAGAUCCCUA